UGCACUCAUCUUUUUUGUGAAAACGAUAUCGUUUGGAUCCGAAAUCCUUUUCUCUCCUUUAAAGUUACGCCGAGGACUGAGGAGGGAAGGACGAGCCUGAAAUUUACAGAAGUAGAGAAGAAGAAAUUUAUGGAAUUUUGUGCUGAAACUUUCAAAUCACUCAGCUUUGUUCAGAUUUCAAGAAGAAAACUCAAAGAGAGAAAGAGAGUUUUACUUAUUUUAGUAUUAUCAUUAUUUUUGUGUUAAGAGAUGCAAACGGAAGCGAGAAUGGGGGUGGUGGUAGAGGGAGGGCAGAGAGGUUUGAGUUCAGGCCAUGGAAGCGUGAGUGUUGAUAAGUUGUCAAAACAGAAGCAACAAAUGUUGCAGAAUCAUUCUCAGAUCGGUACUAUGUCACAUCUUCUUGCAGGAGGUGUAGCCGGUGCUCUUAGUAAGACCUGUACAGCUCCCCUUGCUAGGCUCACCAUUCUCUUCCAGGUGCAAGGUAUGCAUUCUGAUGGUGCAGCAUUGAGGAAGGCUAGUAUAUGGCAUGAGGCUUCACGAAUAGUUAAUGAAGAAGGAUUCAGGGCUUUCUGGAAAGGGAAUCUGGUUACUAUUGCUCAUCGUCUACCAUAUUCUUCUGUCAACUUUUAUGCUUAUGAACAGUACAAAAAGCAGUUACUACAAGUAAUUCCAGGAUUGCAAAGUCGUGGGGAAAACAUGGGUGCUGAUGCCUGUUUGCAUUUUUUAGGCGGUGGUUUAGCAGGAAUAACAGCAGCAUCUGCUACAUAUCCGUUGGAUCUUGUAAGGACACGCCUUGCAGCUCAGACUAAUGUAAUCUACUACAGAGGUAUUUGGCAUGCUUUACAAACUAUUUGCAGAGAGGAAGGAGUUUUGGGCCUCUAUAAGGGACUUGGUGCAACACUUCUUGGUGUUGGGCCCAGCAUAGCAAUUAGCUUUUCAGUAUACGAAACAUUGAGAUCUUUUUGGCAGUCACAGAGACCGCGUGAUUCUACUGUGCUUGUUAGUCUAGCAUGUGGCAGUCUUUCAGGCAUUGCAUCAUCAACAGCAACGUUUCCUCUGGAUUUGGUGAGGCGUAGGAAACAAUUGGAAGGGGUAGGUGGUCGAGCCAGGGUGUACACAACAGGCCUUUUUGGUAUUUUUAGGCACAUAAUCCAGACUGAAGGGUUUCGUGGGAUGUAUCGAGGGAUUUUACCAGAGUAUUACAAAGUGGUUCCUGGUGUUGGUAUAUGUUUCAUGACCUACGAGACACUAAAGAUGCUUUUAGCAGAUGUUAGUACCAGCUUAUAGUUCUGCGACUAAAAGAAUGAGGUGCUUGAGCUGGUAUGUAAUAGGGUAGCCCCUUAAGUUUCAUGUGCUUUCUCAUUGCGGUUAAUUACAUGAGACUGCAGUGGGAAUUAAAUUUUUCCGUGUAUAGAUAGUGAGGAGUAAACUAUGAUGUCAAAUGUAUCUGGCAUUGUUGUCCUCCCAAUUCUCAAAUACAUCAAUUUGAUAGGA